UUCUUCCUGCAUGAAGCUGAAAGAUUGUAAGGCGCUUCUAUCAACCACUAUAUCAUCUCACAUGUGGACCAGUUUUUCCUACAUGAGGCCAGAGGCUCAAUAGAAAGACUUUUCUCAAUGUGGCACUAAGUGUGUCCCAGACCGCUCAUUUAGAGCUCAGAAGAGGCAAAGGUAGGGUGGAGACCUGAAACACUUCCCUUUGUAGGAAGCAGUGCCCAUGUGCGCUGGUCUUAUAGGAAAUUCAUUCAUUUUCCUGCUUAAGGGUUAAAUUAUGAAAAAGUCCUGAGGUAAAGAUGGGGUCAGUACAGUCGUACUUCAACAACUUGCGUGGAAAAGAAAAAAAGCAGGAGGAGGAAAGACAUGUUCGAGCUAAUGACAGAGCUUUCAACCUGUCUUACAACUAUGCAAACAAUGCCAUCAGGACCUCCAAGUACAACAUUUUCACCUUUCUACCUCUUAAUCUGUUUGAGCAGUUCAGGAGGCUGGCUAAUGCUUACUUCCUGUUCCUCCUCCUUCUUCAGUUAAUUCCACAAAUCUCCUCUCUGUCAUGGUUCACCACAGCUGUGCCUUUAGUUAUGGUGCUGGCCAUGACAGCGGUUAAAGAUGCCAAUGAUGACAUAAACAGGCACAAAAGUGACCGACAAGUGAAUAACCGCAUGGUGAGCGUCCUCAUUGAUGGAGAACUGAAAAAUGAAAAAUGGAUGAAUGUUCAAGUUGGGGAUAUAAUUAAACUGGAGAGCAAUCAGUUUGUAACAGCAGACCUUUUGUUGCUGUCCAGCAGUGAGCCACUUAACUUGGUUUAUGUGGAAACAGCCGAGCUAGAUGGUGAAACAAACCUUAAAGUGAAACAAGCCUUGACUCUCACAGGAGAGAUGGAGGACUCCAUUGAAACUCUCUCAAACUUCAAAGGCGAAGUGCGAUGUGAGCCUCCAAACAACCGUUUGGACAAAUUUAAAGGGACCUUGACUGUGAAUGGACAAAAUUAUGGCCUGGACAACGAUAAGAUACUUCUCAGAGGAUGCACACUGAGAAACACAGAGUGGUGCUUCGGUCUGGUCAUCUUUGGAGGUCCUGACACCAAGCUCAUGCAGAACAGUGGAAAGACAAAAUUCAAACGGACCAACAUUGAUCACCUGAUGAAUGUCCUGGUUUUGUGGAUUUUUGGUUUCCUGUUUACCAUGUGCUUCAUUCUGGCCAUCGGCAAUGCUAUCUGGGAAGUGAAAGAGGGCUCCGUCUUUACCGUGUUUCUUCCACGUGAUCAAGGCGUUAAUGCUGCCUUGUCCUCCUUCCUCUCGUUCUGGUCUUAUGUCAUCGUCCUCAAUGCAGUAGUGCCCAUUUCCCUCUAUGUCAGUGUGGAGAUCAUUCGACUUGGGAACAGCUACUUUAUAAACUGGGACAGAAAGAUGUAUUAUCCUAAGAAUGACACUCCAGCUCAGGCAAGGACCACCACACUCAACGAGGAGCUAGGCCAGAUUAAAUACAUCUUCAGUGACAAGACUGGCACUCUGACACAGAACAUCAUGACAUUCAACAAGUGCUCCAUCAAUGGAAAAAACUAUGGAGACCUUUAUGACUUCUCUGGACAUAGAGUUGAAAUAACAGAGAAAACGCAAAAAGUGGACUUCUCCUGGAAUAAGCUGGCAGACCCAAAGUUCGCCUUUCAUGACUAUAGCCUUUUGGAGACUGUGCGAGAGGGAAACCCUGAAGCUCAGGCCUUCUUUCGACUAUUGGCUCUGUGCCACACCGUCAUGCCUGAAGAAAAGAAAGAGGGGGAACUGAACUACCAGGCUCAGUCUCCUGAUGAGGGCGCUCUGGUCACAGCAGCAAGGAACUUUGGAUUUGUGUUCCGCUCUCGCACACCUGAGACCAUCACCAUCAUGGAGAUGGGCGAAAAAGUCACAUAUGAACUUUUGGCCGUUCUAGACUUUAAUAAUGUCCGGAAGAGGAUGUCAGUAAUAGUACGUCACCCUAAUGGCAAGAUGACCUUGUAUUGCAAAGGGGCUGACACCAUCAUCUAUGAAAGAUUAGACCGCUCUUGUAAGAAACUGAUGAAGGUUACAACAGAUCAUCUUAAUGAAUAUGCAGGAGAUGGGCUACGCACUCUUGUUCUGGCCCACAAGCACCUGGAGGAGAACUAUAUGGAAGAGUGGACACAGCGCCACCAUGAGGCCAGCACAGCCCUGGAAGGAAGGGAAGAGAGACUUGAUCAACUUUAUGAGGAGAUUGAAAAAGAUCUGAUUCUGUUAGGAGCAACAGCUGUUGAAGACAAGUUGCAAGACGGCGUUCCACAGACAAUUGAGCAGCUGGCCAAUGCUGACAUCAAACUCUGGGUGCUGACUGGUGAUAAACAAGAGACAGCAGAGAAUAUUGGUUACUCAUGCAACAUGCUAAGGGAAGAUAUGAAGGAGGUGUUCAUUGUUGCUGCUCAUACAGCUGAAGAGGUUAAACAGGAGCUGCAGUAUGCCAGACGGAUGAUGUGUCCGGAAUCAGCAGAGCAGCCUUCUGUGAAAAAAUGUCGUGCAGGGCUUUUUUGGCUUCAGAAAAUGGAGACAGUGCAGGAUGAAAAAGUUGAAGGGGAUUAUGGUCUGAUAAUAAAUGGACACAGCUUGGCUUAUGCACUGGAGAAGGAUUUGGAGUUGGAGCUGUUAAGGACAGCAUGCAUGUGUCAGACGGUGAUAUGUUGUAGGGUAACUCCUCUGCAAAAAGCACAGGUCGUUGAGCUGGUCAAGAAAUACAAGCAGGCAAUCACUUUGGCCAUUGGGGAUGGAGCCAAUGAUGUCAGCAUGAUCAAGGCGGCUCAUAUUGGUGUAGGAAUCAGUGGUCAGGAGGGGAUGCAGGCGGUUCUCUCCAGUGACUUCUCAUUUGCACAGUUUCGUUACCUCCAACGCCUCCUGCUGGUGCAUGGGCGCUGGUCUUACAUUCGCAUGUGCAAGUUCCUACAAUAUUUCUUUUACAAGAACUUCACCUUCACAUUUAUGCAUUUCUGGUAUGCCUUCUUUUGUGGAUUCUCUGCACAGACUGUGUAUGAUGAGUGGUUCAUCACUUUGUACAACUUGGUCUACACAUCCCUCCCUAUCCUCAGCUUGAGCCUCUUUGACCAGGAUGUUAAUGACCGCUGGAGUUUUCAGUAUCCCCAGUUGUACUGCCCUGGCCAGCUCAACAUGUAUUUCAGUAAAAAAGCCUUUGUGUGGUGCAUGUUGCACAGCUGCUACAGUUCCCUAGUCCUCUUCUUUAUCCCCUGGGGUGCAAUCCAAGAUACAGUCCGAGAUGACGGCAGAGAUAUCGCCGACUACCAGUCUUUUGCUUCUCUGGCACAGACCUGUUUGCUUGUUGUGGUGAGCGCUCAGCUGUGCCUUGACACCUAUUACUGGACAACAGUAAACCAUUUCUUUGUGUGGGGUAGUCUGGCUGCUUACUUUGCAAUCACCUUCACCAUGUACAGCAACGGCAUGUUUCUGAUCUUCACCUCCAUUUUCCCCUUUAUUGGAACAGCUAGGAAUUCAUUGAAUCAGCCAAAUGCCUGGUUGACCAUGUUCCUGACUUCCCUGCUCUGUGUCCUACCUGUGGUGGCUCUGCGCUUCAUACUGAUGCAGAUUCGCCCCACUAUCAACGACAGGGUGAGAUAUAAAAUGCAAAAGGACACACUGCCAGCACCUCCUCCUCGCCGUCCAGUGAGGCGUGUCAGCACCCGGCGUUCAGGCUACGCCUUCUCCCAUUCUCAGGGCUAUGGUGCUUUGGUUACUUCAGAAAGAUUCCUAUUUAAGCGACCGAUUAAAAGUCGACUUGCCUUUUCUGUCCAACCGGACGGACCCCUGGCUAGGAAUCUGCCACAGGUUUUCCGUCCAAUAGCAGAGGAGCUGCACGAGUCACAAAGCUCCAAGAGUUAGGGUAUAUUUAUGUAGAACUGAAACCUUGCAGGACCUGAAUUGAUACUUUACAAAACUGACACUGGAUGUACAAGAUAAUGAUUGAUGACUUGGCCGCUAAAACAAAAAAUUUUGGCAUAUUUGUUCGUUUUUUUCUACAUUGAAUGAUGUCAUUGUAAAAACCUAAAGCAUGACUGGUAAGCUUUUGUUUGAUUUGCUUAACUGAUUAAACCAAAUUUUAUGCAUUGUGUAUGACUACAAACAUUUUAUUUAAACUUAACAGUUUAAAGAAAACUCUUUUCUGUCUCAUAUU